AUGACCUCAGCGACACCUUUCGGUUCCGAUUCAGCCCGCCCCCUCUGGAACACACUUCCCUUCGAGGGAGCCUUCACCCUCGAACAACCCGAUGGCCCUAUCGACCAAGCUGUCGCAUCAAGCGUCACACGGCCAUGGCUCUUCGGCUACAAGCCCACCACAACACCCAACAAACGCGCGAUCCUUAUUCUUGGAGGCGGAGGCUACGUCCAGCUGAUGGUUGGACGCGAGGGAGUCCAGGUAGCACGCUGGCUGGCAUUUCUGGGCUUCGAAGCUUACGUCCUCGUCCAUCGAUUCCCGACCGCCUCGACCAGCCCCUCUGCGCCCGUCGAUGACGCGCGGCAGGCUUUGCGGCUUAUCAAGGAGCACUCAGAGGCAUCGAGCCUGGGCGUGUGUGGGUUAUCAUCGGGAGGUCAUCUCGCGUCGGCGCUCUUGGCGGAGUACCCCGCUGCGUGGUCCGCCACAGCCGGUCCUGCUGUUCCGGAGCUCGAGUUCGCCAUCAUUGGAUACGGACCUAUUUCAACCAACGCAAAGGGUCACCAAAUAGUUCCAAACAAGGCCCCCCUCGACCCGCCUGAGAAGCAGGAGUUGUACGACGUCGUGAUCCCGGAUCAGCAGCUUCGCCGGCCGGCGCCGCCUAGUUUCGUCGUGUAUUCUGGGAACGAUCCUAUCGUCCCGGUCGUCAAUGCGUACCGGAUUGCGCAGGGCAUCCAAGAGGCGGGGGGGGCUGUCGAGUUGCAUGUUUUUGCGGAUGCGCCUCAUGGGUUUGCAUUGGAUACCAAGGGCUUGCCGGUGUCGGACUGGCCUCGACUGUGUGAGGCAUGGUUGAAGCAGAGAGGAAUUCUAGCCUGA